AUGACCUCUUACGGCUUUAUGACCCGGUCCAAUCUUUCGGGCGCUUCAGGAAGAACCACAAAAGAAACCCGGUUUGCUCUCAAAAAUGGCGGUGAAAUCGGCGGAAUAUCCAAUGAUGGAAACACCUGUUUUAUGAACUCGGUAAUACAGUCUUUGGCUUCUUCCAAGGAACUACUCCGGUUCAUCGACUCCUACUUGUACCCAGACAUCGAGGUUGAAAACCUGCAACCGGUCAAAUCGGUGGUUCCUCGUUCGGAUUUGGUGUUCACAGCGGCUCUUCGCAAACUCAUAGAAAACGUAAAUGGCUGCUAUGGUACUCGAGGUAAGGAAUUCAGCGCCAAGCCGCUUCUCAACAAGAUGCCUAAUGGUCCCAAACAGAACUUUUUCACAGGAUACAACCAGGAAGAUGCUCAGGAAUUUUAUCAGUUGGUGAUGAAUUUGGUGGAAUCUGAAUACAAAAAAGCCAGUAAUAUUCCCAAGCAAAUUGACGAGAAGGGAUCCAAAUUCAUAGACAUCUCCUCGGUGGCCAACUAUGUGACUGGCUGCGACCAACUAGGAAAGACUCUUCCAGUAUACGUUCCGGCGACUCAUGUGGAUCCAAAUAUCGAAGAUGCAGAACACAAAGCAUUCAAAAUGAACUUGAUUACUCCAGUCGAUGGAGUAUCUGCUGAGCGUAUUGGGUGUUUGGUGUGUGGAGAGGUUGGAGGUAUCAGGUACUCGGUAAUGAGUGGUAUUAGUUUGAACUUGCCUCGCAAAGAAUCGUACUACUCGAGCGUUUCGUUGCAAGAAUUAUUGGACGAGUGGAUUAAUCCUGAGAUCAUAGAAGAUGUCAACUGUAAUCGAUGCGGAUUGGAGCAGACAAAACAGUUUUUACAAGAGAAAAUCACCGAAGGUACCAACGAAAAAGUUGCUCAGCUGUUUAAAUCCCGUCUUGCUGAAAUUGAAGCAGAACUCAAACAGCCCCAUAUCACCGACGAAGUAUUUGAGAAGUUGAGCAUCAAGCAGAUGAUCCGCAAAACCAAAAAAUCCAAGCAGAUAUACAUGAGUCGUCCCCCAGCACUUCUUUCGCUCCAUAUCAACCGGUCGGUUUUCGAUCCCAGAACCUAUAUGGUGGUGAAAAAUUCCAGCAAUGUUGAAUUUCCGGCAGUGUUAGAUUUGUCGCCGUAUGUGGUGGAGCCUCAAGAUGUUGAUCUUGAUGCCAGAAUGCCGUUCAGGCGUGGAGAUGCUCCGCUUGAAGAGCCAAAAGGAGACGAAGACGAAGACGGCCAGGCCAAUGGAAACACACACAUCCCCAAGAAUCCCGAGCUUCAGUACCAGCUCAAAGCCGUCAUUGCACAUUACGGAACCCAUAACUACGGCCACUACAUCUGCUACAGAAAACACAGAGGUACGUGGUGGAGAAUCAGCGACGAAUCGGUGUACGCUGUGACUGAGCACGAAGCUUUGAACUCUCAAGGAACAUUCAUGCUUUUCUUCGAGUACAACGAUAAUGAAACGGAGUCGCUCCAGGAACUCACAGAGUCGGAUCUCGAGAUGGAAAGGGAGGUUUCAGACUCGAAUAACAGCCGCAAUUUGCAGCCAUCCGGACCUAGUUUCCGCGCCGAAGACGAAGACGACGAUUUGUACGAAAACGACAAGUCGGAUUCCCUUGUCGAGGACGAUGUCUCGAUGGAAAGUGGUGUAGUUAAUGCGCCCAGCACAGCAGCCACCGAAGACUUGGAAUACACCAAUGGGGAAGAAAGAGCGUUCCAUAUGUGA